UUUAAUUUCCCAACUGUUUCCUCCAUCCCCUUCUUUCCCAAUUCCCAUUGCAUGCAUGCAUGCAAUAACACACAUGUACUCCAUGAUCCAUAUAUAAAUACCCAUAUUGCCUCUCACUUUCUAUACCCUAACACAAUAAGAAAAACACAAGAAGAAAGUAAUCUAGUGUAGUAGCUUAGCUAGGGAGAGUGAGAGAGAGAGAGAGAGAGAGAAAUGACAGGAUUGAACGUAAUGUUUGUGUUCUUAGUACUAGUAAUGUUGCAUUCCGCUGCGGCGGGGCGUAAGGUUCCGGCCGGCAAGACGCAGGAUCUGAUCAUACCCUUGAAGAACGCAGAGCCUGCAUCAGCGCCGGCCGGGGUUGGUGACAAGAAGAACCUAAUAGUUGGCGGCGUUGGUGGGUGGGGCGGGGUUGGCUACGUGCUUCCGGCCCUUGGCCACCUCGGUGGGGUGGCCGGUGGAAUCGGCGGCGCGAGCGGCCUUGGUGGUUCCGGUGGCGGCGGAGGCGGUGUCGGGGGACUUGGUGGUUCCGGUGGCGGCAUUGGGGGCGCAAGCGGACUCGGAGGGGUCGGUGGUGGAAGUGGUCUCGGAGGGAUCGGUGGUGGAAGCGGGCUCGGGGGGAUUGGCGGAGCAAGCGGGCUCGGAGGGCUGGGCGGCUUUGGUGGUGCUAGUGCAUCAAUUUGCAGAGGCUUCGUUUCUGCUACACUGCCUUCGCAAAAAGCAAAGGUUGAUAAAGAGACAUGUCAAAGAGUGGUAGAAGCAGCUGGAGCAGUAAAGGAAGGAGCAAAGGAGGUCAAAGGUGUUGUUUCUGAGGUCAAAGAAGCCGUUGCUACUGGAGCGGGAUCGGCAGUGAAAGCAGUGGCGGAGAAGGCAAUAGAGAGAGCAGCAGAAGGGGAAGAAGAAAAAGAAGAGAAAGGAACGUGGGAAAAGGUAAAGGACACUUCUAAAGCUAUCAAGAAAGAAGUCCUUGGCGAUAAUGAUGACUCUUAACCUACCAUCCAACUUUAACUUUUCUUUUUUUAUCCUUCCAAAAAUGUUAUUCUCUCCAUUCUAAUUUAAAUUAUCUAUUUCGAUAUACGAUGUUUGAUUGAAUUUAUUUCAAAUCAUUUUAUAUGAAAAAAUAGUGUAUUAAAAAACCGGAUCAAGUCGGACUGGACCAAUGACCAAAAUCGGAAUAAAAUUAGACCGAAGACCGGACCUAUUAAUAAUCGGUUUUAGAUCGAACCAAACCAAAAAAAAUGCUUGGACCAAACCAAUCUGAAUCGAAAAGACCGAAAAAGUAACUGUGGAUCUAUAUUUGUCAAAAAAACCUCGUAAUUAGAAGUAAGAUGACCACAAUUAAUUGGUCUUUGCUAAAGUCUAAUAAAAUGCGUAAAUGAAUGCUACAUUGGUUU